CAUCAACUUCUGCAGGUACACCACGUCCUAGGAUAACAGAGCCAUGAAACUGCACGAAGCCUUCUUGCAGGAUGUCUACUAGCGCGAGGUCCUUCAACGAUAUCCACACUUUGCGGGUAAAUUCUUGACCAGGUGCCAGGUCCUCAACACAGUUGCAGGUCCUCACUUCGACCGCGAGCCACUUAUUGGGAGAAGAUAAUUCUCGCUCAGAUCCAGAGGUACCUUUCUCGAACCAUGUUUCCAUGCCCACAGACAGACUUCUUGUUCAUCGCUCUCAGUAGAGAGCGGGUUUGAAAGAUGGGAGGAAUUUAUAGCAAAGGGAUGCUCGGCCUUCUGGCCCUGCUACAACUGACCUGGCAUGGUCAAGCCGUUCCACUGAACAGCUAUCAGAACCUCCCAGCUGGUAUCAGUCAACAUCUGCCUCUGAACAUCACCCGUCGUGCCGCACCGACGCUCAACCAAAGUCUUCCGCAGCAAGUCAUCCCGCUGAACAUUAGUGAUGACGCAUCGAUCCGCCGAGCUGCUGCCACAGCAGCAUACAGCCUACAGUCCAUGUACAAUGGUAAUAGCACGGGUGGGGUGUUGGGAAAAUUCCCGUACCCUCCGUUCUACUGGUGGCUCAGCGGUGCCUCCUGGGACGGGAUGCUGCAUUACUGGCUCUACACCGGAGACGAGAGUUAUUAUAAUGUCACUUGGGAAGCUUUGGUCGCCCAGAUCUCGGAGACGAAUAACUACCUACCGGUGGCGGAGAAGUUUGAUGAGGGAAACGACGACAUCGCCUUUUGGGCCUUUGGCGCCAUGUUCGCCGUGGAGCACUCCUUUCGGCCUCCACCGCAUCCGUACCCGUCCUGGCUCCAGAUUUGCGACAACGUGUUCAACGACUUUGUCACGCGAUGGCGCGCUGCAAGCGAUACAUGCGGCGGCGGGCUAAGAUGGCAAGUCUUCCCCUCCAGCGCAGGGUGGGACUAUAAAAAUUCCAUUUCGAACGGCGGCUUCUUCCAGCUUGCGGCCCGGCUGGCUAGGUACACGGGCAACGCGACGUACUUUGCCUGGGCGGAGAAAGUGUGGGACUGGACCGAACGUGUGGGUCUGAUUGACGAGGACUUCAACGUCUAUGAUGGCGCCGGGAUAGACGGCGGGAAGAAUUGUACUAGCCUCGAUCAUACGAGGUGGAGUUACAACGUGGCGAUUUAUCUUUACGGAGCCGCGGUGAUGCAUAACCUGACCGUGCCGGCCCCUGCGGCUGGGACAGGCGGAGGAGAAAACGGGAGUAUCUGGACGAAGCGCACGGAUGGCCUUAUUGCGGCGGCGGAGAGGAGCUUUUAUAGUCCGUACACCAACAGCACGGGCGUCAUGUAUGAACAGGCGUGCGAGCCUGGAUGGAAGUGUAACGUCGACCAAUUCAGUUUCAAGGCAUAUUUGGCGAGGUGGUUGGCGGAUACGACGCUCAUGGCGCCGCAUACUAGGGCGACAGUGGCCAAUUUGUUGGAGACAAGUGCGGCGGCAGCGGUGAGGGCGUGUACGAGUACGAACGCUGGAGCAGCGAGGGUCAAGUGUGGUGCGCAUUGGUAUUUGGGUCACUGGGACGGGACGACGGGUGUAGGGCAGGCGUUGAGCGUUAUGGAGGUUGUGCAGAGUUUGCUUGUCAAUGGGACGAGACCACCGGCGUUCAAUUGGACUUCGCUGGGAGGGCCAGGCUGAGCGGCAGUGUUGGGUCAAUGAGAGCAGUGGAAGGAGGAGGGAGGGCAAGGGGUAGCAAGAGAGAAUCUUUUGGAGAGGCCCUGUGGAAAGCACAGAGUGUACUAGUAGUGGCAUUGUCUGAUCAGGAGCAAGUCCUGUCUUGUCUUGCGCAAGGGGUCCUGCUGACCCUUUUGACGUUAGAGUCUUUCCUGGAUCGUCAUUGUAAUGCCUAGACUUCCCACAAUACUAGUAGUAUAUAGACAUACACCUAAGUACUACCUACUAGUAGGUAGAGAUCCCAGGCGAGAAGUGGCCAUACAGAAAUCGGGUCCGAGCCUGGUUUUGUCCAGGGAUCGAAGUUAAUGGCGAUAUGAAU